AUGUGGGACCCAUUUCGUGAUUUUGAUCGCCUUCUUAACCGCAUGCAUUCCAGCACUCUUCCUGGUUUCAUUACGUCUACUGUUCGUGGAACGUGGGUGCCGGCGCUGGAUCUUAUUGAGAAGCCGGACGGCUACAAACUCAUCGCCGAUUUGCCCGGAAUGAACCGCGAGGAUGUUUCAGUGGAUAUUGAUGGCACUCGCAUCUGCAUUGGGGGCAAUCGCAAGGCUUUGACGAAGGAAGACGAGGGACAUCUCACUAUGAUCGCGGAACGUGGAUCUGGGCGCUUUGAGCGCUGUUUACAGCUUCCUACACCUCUGGUAGAGGAUAGUGUAAAGGCCAGUUUGAAGAAUUCGGUACUGGUGGUUGAGGUAAAAAAGGAUGAAGCCAAGACAGACCGCACAUCAACUCCUGUGAAGAUUCAGUAG